AUGCCAGAAACCACCGUGGUCUACACACACGGACACCAUGAAUCUGUCCUACGCUCCCACAACUGGCGCACCGCCCAAAACUCUGCAUCCUACCUCCUGCCAUACAUCCAACCAAACAUGCACAUCCUCGACAUAGGCUGUGGGCCGGGCACCAUCACCCUCGAUUUCGCCACCCUCGUCGGGCCCACAGGACACAUCACAGGCAUUGAACCUUCCCCAGGCGACAUCCUCGCUCAAGCCCAAGAAACAGCCACAUCGCGAGGGAUCACGAACGUAGAGUUCAAAAUCGGGGAUAUAUUUGAACUAGAAGGGAUAUUUGACAACCGUAAAUUUGACAUCGUGCAUGUGCAUCAGGUGUUGCAACAUAUCGAUCGGGAGAGGGUAUCGGAGGCUUUGAUGCAGAUGAGGGCUGUUACGAAGCCUGGGGGGAUCGUUGCUGUUAGAGAGACGGAUUUUGCUGGGAUGACUUGGUUUCCUGAUUCUGCUGGGAUGACGGAGUGGGUGGAUACGUAUCAGCUUGUGGCACGUGCUAAUGGGGGAGAACCUAAUGCGGGGAGGAGGUUGGUGGCUUGGGCGUUGGGAGCGGGGUUCGCGAGAGACAAGAUCACGACUUCAGCUGGCACGUGGUGUUUCAGUACCCCUGACGAGCGGGAGUGGUGGAGUCGGAUUUGGGCUGAUAGGACGCUUUCGUCAAAUUUCAAGACGACGGCACUCAAGAGUGGGCUUGUGGACGAGGAGAAGUUGAAUAGAAUAGCAGAUAAAUGGACGGAAUGGGGUAAAUCAGAGGAUGGCUGGUUCGCAAUCCUACACGGUGAAAUCAUAUGUCGCGUCGACUGA